AUUUUCUGUUUUCUUUACAAAAUUCCCAAAAUCAAAUCCUCCGCCUUUCAAACCUUUUCCACCCCAAUUUCGUUGGCCCCACUGUUUCUAGGGUUCUUUAAUCGAAUUCCCCAUUUCCCAAUUCACACUCCCCCAAUUCAAUUCAACCUUCUUCUUCUUCUUCUUCUUCUUCUUUUUUAUUUCCCCCUUUUUCUUUCUUUUUUGUUUUUAAUUUGAUUUCUUCUUUUCUUUUUGGGGUUCGUGGCCGACAUUUUGAUUGUGGGGGGCGUUCUGUUUUAUUUUUGUUUCUGGGGUUGUUCGUUUCUGUUGUUUUCUGGUCUUGGUAGGAUUGAAAUUUUGUGGGGUUCUUCGAUUUGUGGGGUUGGUGAUUGGUUUGAUUGAGUUUUGUUGAUGUCGUCCAUGGCGGCGGCGUCUUCCUACUGGUGUUACCGAUGCAGUCACUUUGUUAGGGUUUCUAAUCAGGAUUCAGUUGUGUGCCCUGAUUGUAAUAGUGGAUUCGUUGAACAGAUCGAACAGCCAUCGAGGUUGGUGAACGUGGAGGCGGCACCGCGGAGGAGGUUUCCGGCUGCGGCAAUGUAUAUGAUCGGCAACCGCUCGAAUUCGGGGCAGAAUUUGGGAUCUGGGCUGAGGAGAUCUCGGAGGAAUGGAGGGGAUCGCUCCCCUUUUAAUCCUGUGAUUGUUCUUCGUGGGCCGUCUGAUGGGAGUGAAGCUGGAGAAAGUCGUCGGUUUGAGCUUUAUUAUGAUGAUGGUGGUGGUUCUGGCCUGAGACCUCUGCCACCGAGUAUGUCCGAGUUUUUGUUGGGGUCUGGGUUUGAUAGGCUUCUGGAACAACUUUCUCAGAUUGAAAUGAACGGUAUUGGGCGGUUUGAGAAUCCGCCGGCGUCAAAGGCUGCUAUUGAAUCAAUGCCCACUAUUCAAAUCUGUGAAAAUCAUUUGGCAACUGAGUCACACUGUGCUGUUUGCAAAGAAGCAUUCGAAUUGGGAAACGAAGCUCGGGAGAUGCCCUGUAAGCAUAUUUAUCAUUGUGAUUGUAUUCUACCUUGGCUUUCCCUUCGAAAUUCUUGUCCAGUUUGUCGCCAUGAAUUGCCAUCUGAUAAUCAGAACUCUCUGGAUGCUGCUGAAAGUGGCGAAAAUGGGGGAUCUGUGACCUCGAAUGGGGAGGAGAAUGUUGGCUUAACCAUUUGGAGGUUACCGGGUGGGGGGUUUGCGGUAGGGCGGUUUCAUGGCGGCAGAAGAGGUGGGGAGAGAGAGCUUCCGGUUGUUUACACUGAAGUGGAUGGUGGUUUUACUAAUGGUGGUCUUCCCAGAAGAGUAUCAUUUGCUUCGAGAGGCAGGGGUAGGGAGAGAGGCGGGUGGGGCCGAAUGAUUCGCAAUAUGUUUGCUUGCUUUGGCGGAUCAAUGAGGUCAAUUGCAUCUACUUCAAACUCCACAAGUGAUUCUGGUCCUUCGAGGAGUAGUAGACCACUCCCACAUUUCAAUAGCGAGCCAAGGAGACGGCGCACAUGGUCUAUGGAGGUUAACAGUGGAACAAUCAGCUGGUGAUUUGGGAAUUUGGUUGGUUAGAAAAGUUAAUUACUUGAAGAAGUUCUAGCUGGGAUUGGGACUUUGAGGGGCAGGCUUAUUUAUUGCUGUAAAUAGCAAAAUUUGAAUUUGGGUGGGAAUGGAGGCAGUUCUCCCAGCUUUAUAUUGAUAAAAAUCAGAGUUUCUCGGGUGAAGAAAGAUUUUUUUUUCUCCUUUUUGGGUUAUUUGAUAAGAGAUAUUGCAAUAGAAAUGUGGAAAAUAAAUGCAGUCAUCCUUGAGCAGAAGAAAAGAAGAGAGGUACCUCCUACUGCAUUAGAAAAUGAUGGAACACACAAGGUUUACAUUUAAAUGCUUGAAGGUUCUUUAGUAGAGCAAGGUGCACAACCCAUUAAUAUAGUCUUUUAGAAACCAGUCUCAGAGAUGGAGCUAGAGCACUUGCAACUUCGUAUCUUUACAAUAUCUGCUAUCAAGUAUUUACUACUUAAAUAUGUUGUUAGGCUCAGUUUUUUUUUCCUUCUUAAUAUGAUUCGGUUAUUUUAAAGAAUAUGUGAGCUCUUGUGAUGCACGUGAUGAAUACUGCAUCUAGUUAAUUACUUGCUUGACUAUUGUUUUUCACAUCUUAUGCUUGUAAUGAUGAUGUAUAUUGCUAGAAAUAAAUUGCUUUAUUGGCGUUUGUAUUCAA